AUGAAUGUACUGACCUCCCUCUCGGAUCUGCUAUGCACCCUGCUCUUCGCUGCUCAGAUCAUUCCCAUCCGCUGCUUCUCGUGUGGCAAGGUGAUUGGCGACAAGUGGAACGCCUACCUUGCCCUCCUCCUCGACGGCCGUACCGAGGGUGAGGCGCUCACCGAGCUCGAUCUCAAGCGCUACUGCUGCCGCCGAAUGGUGCUCACCCACGUCGACCUCAUCGAGAAGCUCCUUCACUACAACAGUAUGUUCAGGCGCUCCAUCUGCACUUCGUUCGCUUCACAAGCAUUCCCGACUGAUCACAACAUCUCCCAACUCCUCUUUGGUAUCAUCAGUUCACGAGCGUAG